AAAACUGGCCACUACUUACAUUGGUGGUUCUUGUAGCUCUUAACAUGAUAGUUGUGUUGGAAUUCUGUUUAUCAGAAAUGUUUUGUUGGUUAGUAAGCCUCCAUUUGAAAGGUCUGUCCGCCUGAUAAGAUGAUAAUUCCUGUUUUACAGAAAUAUUUAUUUCUAUAUAGCCAUUGAACCUCAUCCGAUUUUAACUUUUGUAAUCUCGUUUUUUAUAGAAUAGCACAAGCACAGGAUUUCAUAUAGCUCCUCUUUGCUUCUGAAGAUUCUUAGACUUAGAAGCUCUUGGUGCUUUUUAAGGCACUGAUGGCUUAAGAACUAGUUAUGGGUUGAAAUGGGUGGAGAAAUGUUUUUGAAUUUGUUUGCUUCAAUAGAUGACUGCAAGGCUGAGAUUCUGCUAUCAACAAUUCCUACAUGAUAGUCAGGUUCGGCUUCCUGGUUGCUGCUUCUAUUGCAGCUUAUGCAGUUAAGCAGCAUAGUGUCAAGCCACCAAGCAGUCAACCCAAGCCUUCAGAAAAUGGUGAAACAAUCCUUGAUGAACAUCCAGUCGAGGGAAGCGACAAAGAGCAGAUUACAAAUUAUGAAGAUAUCCUCAAAGAAAAAGAUAGGGUGGAAGAAGAAGAAGAGGAAGAGGAAGAUGAAGAAGAGGUCAAACUGAUAAGUAGUGUAUUUGAUCGGGUUCAUGAUACUGCAGCUAGUACGGAAGAUGAAGAUAUUUUUCCCGAGUUUGAGGAUCUUCUUUCUGGGGAGAUUGAAUAUCCAUUACCUGGUGAUAUUGGUGAUAAAGGUGGUAAAGAUAAGAUUUAUGAAACUGAGAUGGCAAACAAUGCGAGUGAGCUGGAACGUUUACGUAACUUGGUUAGGGAAUUAGAGGAAAGAGAGGUCAAACUUGAAGGGGAAUUGCUCGAGUACUAUGGUUUAAAGGAGCAAGAAUCAGAUGUUGUAGAAAUACAAAGGCAGCUCAAGAUCAAGACAGUUGAGAUUGACAUGUUGAACAUCACAAUUAAUUCUUUGCAGGCUGAGAGGAAGAAACUGCAAGAAGAGGUUGCAAAUGGAGAAUCUGCCAAGAAGGAAUUGGAAGUAGCAAGGUAUAAGUUAAAGGAGCUGCAAAGGCAAAUUCAGCUUGAUGCCAACCAGACGAAGGGCCAAUUAAUAUUGCUCAAACAACAAGUUUCUGGUCUUCAAGCAAAAGAGGAAGAAGCCAUCAAGAAGGACACAGAGCUCGAGAAAAAGCUAAAAUUUGUGAAAAAUUUAGAGGUUGAAGUUGUAGAACUUAGGAGGAAGAAUAAAGAGCUUCAGCAUGAAAAGAGAGAAUUGACUGUUAAACUGGAUGCCGCUCAAGCUAAAGUAACUGCCCUUUCUAAUAUGACAGAGAGCGAACGGGUCGCCAAUGCUAGAGAGGAUGUCAAUAAUUUAAGACAUGCAAAUGAAGAUUUACAAAAGCAAGUGGAAGGACUUCAAAUGAACAGGUUUAGUGAAGUUGAGGAACUAGUGUACCUUCGUUGGGUGAAUGCAUGCUUGAGGUUUGAACUCCGAAACUACCAAGCGCCUCCAGGAAAAACUACCGCACGUGAUCUGAGCAAAAGUCUGAGCCCCAGGUCCCAAGAGAGGGCUAAAAACCUAAUGCUAGAAUAUGCAGGAUCAGAACGUGGACAAGGAGAUACGGAUCUUGAAAGCAACUUUUCUCACCCAUCUUCUCCUGGAAGCGAGGACUUCGACAAUGUUUCUAUUGAUAGCUCGACUAGCAGAUACAGUAGUAUCAGUAAGAAAACUGGUUUGAUCCAAAAGCUCAAGAAAUGGGGAAGAAGCAAAGAUGAUUCAAGUGCUAUUUCAUCCCCAUCCAGAUCUCUUUAUGGAGACUCUCCGGGCAGGAAAAGCGUGAGCCUUCGAUCAAGAGGUCCAUUGGAGUCCUUGAUGAUGAGGAAUGCUGGUGAUACUGUAACCAUCACAACAUUUGGGAAGAGUGAGCAAGAUAUUCCUAACUCUCCUGAAACUCCUUCAAAUCUUCCACCUAUUAGAACACAAAUUUCACCUGGCGACUCGCUAAAUUCUGUUGCUUCAUCUUUCCAUUUAAUGUCCAAGUCAGUUGAAGGAGUUCAUGAUGAAAAAUAUCCUGCCUAUAAAGACCGACAUAAAUUGGCUGUAGAGAGGGAGAAACAUAUCAAGGAAAAGGCAGAUAAAGCUAGAGCAGUAAGGUUUGGCGAUAUUUCAAAGUUUGAUUCCAUAUCCAAAGGGGGAAAAGAGCCACCAAUACGUUUGCCAUCACAACUAGCUCACAUAAAAGAGAAACCAAUUGCACCUUCUGGUGAUUCAAAUGACCAAUCUAAUGAUGAUAAGGCUGCUGAAUCUCAAACAGUAAGCAAGAUGAAAUUUGCUCACAUUGAGAAGAGGCCUCCUAGGGUGCCUCGACCACCUCCUAAUCCAUCUGCUGCUGCUGCUGCUCCAGCUAACACAAAAACCACUCCUUCAAGUGGAGGGCCACCUCCACCACCCCCUCCACCAGGUAUCCCUGCACCGCCUCGACCACCUGGUGCACCGCCCCUUCCACCUCCUCCACCAGGAAGCUUGCCAAGAGGAGCAGCAAGCGGAGACAAAGUUCACCGAGCUCCUGAACUAGUUGAAUUUUAUCAGUCAUUGAUGAAGCGUGAGGCAAAGAAGGAUACAUCACCAUUAAUUUCUUCAACAUCUAAUACAUCAGAAGCUAGGAGCAACAUGAUUGGGGAAAUUGAGAACAGAUCAACUUUCCUCUUAGCCGUGAAAGCUGAUGUAGAAACUCAAGGAGACUUUGUCCAGUCAUUGGCAAUGGAAGUUCGAUCUGCUUCCUUUGCCAGCAUUGAUGAUUUGGUAGCCUUUGUAAAUUGGCUAGAUGAAGAGCUAUCAUUCUUGGUUGAUGAACGGGCAGUUCUCAAGCACUUUGAUUGGCCUGAAAGUAAAGCUGAUGCAUUGAGAGAGGCUGCUUUUGAAUAUCAGGACCUGAUGAAAUUAGAGAAGCAGGUCUCCUCUUUUGUUGAUGAUCCCAACCUCUCAUGUGAUGCUGCUUUGAAGAAAAUGUACAAAUUGCUUGAAAAGGUGGAAAAUAGUGUAUAUGCACUUUUACGUACAAGGGACAUGGCGAUUUCUCGAUAUAAGGAGUUUGGAAUUCCAGUUAAUUGGUUAUCAGAUUCAGGAAUUGUUGGCAAGAUCAAGCUCUCAUCUGUGCAAUUAGCAAAGAAGUACAUGAACCGCGUAGCGUCAGAACUUGAUGCAAUGAGUGGACCUGAGAAGGAACCAAAUAGAGAGUUUUUACUUCUACAAGGCGUGCGUUUUGCCUUCCGAGUUCAUCAGUUUGCCGGAGGUUUUGACGCAGAGAGCAUGAAGACUUUUGAAGAACUAAGGAACCGUGUAAAUGCAAAAACGGAAACGGUAGAGGACGAUAAACCAGAAGGAUAAUAAUAGUUUUCUUUUGUAUUUUCUACUGUAUAUUUCAUCAUUGCAUAGAACAGUGUAUAGAAGAUCUGAUAUACUACAAUCAGUUCAAAUUGAGCCUAAAAGAAAAUAAAGUUGUCUUUAA